UCAAGAUGGAUGCUGGUUAUUUAAGAGGAUCUCCACAUUGAGUCAUUAUUUGGUGUCAUCCAGUAUUCAGUUUGUUUGUUUUGCCAGUUCAAUUUUCAGUAGGGUUGAAAAAAGGUGGCAAUUAAUGAAUUAUUUGCUUUGAUUUAUUAUAAUCUGUCAGCUCGUGCGUUAUGUUAGAACUAUAUGCGGGGAUUGUUUCUCGAUAAUCUACUGCUCUUGCCUAGCCAGUAUAUUCCGGGCUCCUUAGCAAUAAGCCUUUGUGAUUCGAUUAAAAGGCCUGCAGGCUGGUUUGAACGCACCUCAGGAGCUGACAGAGCAACGACAUGGCACAUAAUAUGAUGUAUAUUAAUUGUAUUUAUCGCUGAUCGUUGUAAUGUAAUUUAUACGCGAGACGAAUCGGGGUGAUUAGAGGAUUUGUGUGUGAGGAGAGAUGUUUUCCUUCUGCUAGGUAAACAGGCUUCCGGAUCUAUUAGCCUAGCUUGCUAGCAUUCUGGUUUGCGGUGAUAAUAAAACCCCAGUCAUGGUUUUAAUGAUGGAAUCGCAGUGCGAGUAUUUUAUGUAUUUCCCCGCCGUUCCCAUUUCGGACCUGUCAGACCCGGCCCGGUACCGCACCCUCCCGCGCCGCAGCCAUCUGUAUCUGGGGGAGACGGUGCGCUUCCUGCUGGUGCUUCGCGCGCAGAGCGGUUCGGGCUCCGUGUGCAGCGAGGAACGCACGAGCCGCGGCUGGCGGGAACUAGCCGCGUGUCUGCGCGCGCUCGCCAGCGUGUGUCCGGGUGAAAGCAGGGCGCGCGGGAGGGAGCAUUCCGGAGAAGAUGGAGCCGAGGAGGAGAGUGAUGAAGAUGAUGGAGCGACGAGCUGCUCAGGCAGAGCAGCCACAACAUACCGGGGAUUCAGGGAGUGCAAGCCGCUUCUCAUCCACAACAACCCCGGUAACGGCGCAAGGGAAUUUCGCCGAGCUCCUGUGCAGUCUCCUGUGGAUGAGCCAGUGGUUCUGAAUGAUGAAGUCAUCUUCCCCCUGACUGUGUCCUUGGAUAAACUCCCUGUCAACACACUCAAAGUGAAGAUCAUAGUGACUGUAUGGAAGCAGGAGGAGGAGAAGUCUGAGAUCCAGGAACAUGGCUACCUCAGCGUUCUUCAGCAGAAGAGCCCUUGCCAAACUUUCCGCCAGGACCUCAACACUUUUAAAGCGCAAGUCAGCACCACUCUAAAUGUCCUUCCUCCACCCACAGUGAAGUGUCAGCAGAUGACUGUGUCUGGGAAACACUUAACUGUACUUAAAGUGUUAAACGGAAGCUCUCAGGAGGAAGUGUGUAUACAUGAUGUCCGAAUCCUGCCCAACUUCAAUGCCUCUUAUUUACCCAUGAUGCCUGAUGGCUCCGUGCUGCUGGUCGACAAUGUGUGCCAUCAGUCAGGCGAGGUUGCCAUGGCGUCUUUCUACAGGAUGGACAGUGAGUCUAGUCACCUUCCCAGCAUGCUCAGCGCACUGGAGCAGCAGAACUUCCUGUUUCAACUGCAGCUUAGUGACCAGGCGCAAGAUGAUUCUAACGAGGGUCUUGAGGUGCCUCUGAUAGCAGUCCUCCAGUGGUCCACUCCCAAGCUGCCAUUCACCAGCUCUAUCUACACACACUAUAGUGUGCCUAGCAUCAGACUGGACCGGCCUCACUUCAUCAUGACUGCGAGCUGCCCCAGUGCUGUAAGGGCUCAUGAGCACUUCAGAGUGCGUUACACACUCCUCAACAACCUGCAGGACUUCCUGGCUGUACGGCUCGUCUGGACACCAGAGGGCCGUGGGCAGAAGGAAGACCCGGCAGUAAAUGCAGUAGUGUGUCAUUCUCCUCUAAGUAACCUUGGUUACUGUCGAAAAGGCAGCACACUCUCCGUGUCUGUGGCCUUCCAAAUCCUCAAAGCUGGCCUCUUUGAGCUGAGUCAGCACAUGAAACUAAAGCUGCAGUUUACAGCAUCAGUGUCGAACCCUCCCCCUGAAGCCCGUCCUCUCUCGCGUAAGAACAGUCCAUCCAGUCCUGCUGUUCGAGACAUACUUGACAGACACCAGGCCAGCUUAAGUCUGGGACGCUCACAGUCUUUCUCCCACCAGCAGCCCUCCAAAUCCCACCUCACCAGGACAGGCAGUGUUAUGGAACGACGUGCAAUCACUCCUCCUGUCGGCUCUCCUGUCGGUCGGCCACUCUACCUCCCCCCGGAGCGGAGCAUUUUAUCGCUUGACAAAAUCGCCAAACGAGAGUGCAAAGUGCUGGUGCUGGAGUCACACAGCUAAAUGUACAAACACACAUGCAUCACUGGGAAGAAUAGGAAGUCACACUGGAAUUUAAUAUUCAAAUCUUAGUUGUAGUGAGUUGUUAAUUAUCCAACUUGAACUGAUUUGUUCUGGAAAAUUGGAAAAGUGGAAUGUUUAAGGUUCUCUGUAAUGUAGCAGACACAGUGUCUAUUAGUUUUAGUAGUGUUCAAGUGAGGGGUGGGUUUUUCCUUGUUUCUGCACCUUCAUUGUUUACAUGCACAGCAUUAAGGCUCCGUGCUCCGCAUUAAGGCUUACAUGCACAUCUCCUUUCAGAUCAGGCACCAAGUAUGCUACUGAUUAAUUUCUGUUUGACUGAAUUCUAAAAGGCAGGUCAAUGAGCACUCGCAGAAACAAAAUUUUGAAUUAGUUCAGUCACUUUAAGUCCUUGUUUUAAAUUUGGCCCUUGUAUUAAUUCAGGGUAAUGUGUAAAGACGUGUCUGAGGAAACAAAUUAAGUAGAAGUCUGAAACCUGCCUGAAUGUUUGUUUAUAACAUUUAUGAUUCAGUCUUUUAUGACAGUUCUGUAUUACAUUAUGCUGUUCCACUGACCGGCACCAGUGAAUACAUUUUUUUUUUUUUUUUAGAAAAUUAUUACUGAAUGUAAAUGUAUUUAUUUAUUUUGUGGUACAUCCAUUCCUUUGCUAAAUCUUUUUUCUUUUUCUUUUUUUUAAUAUUAUAUUAUUUAUGAGCCUUUAAAUUGAUUGUUUUUAUAUUGAUAGCUACUAUGUAUCAUAGUACAUUUGAAUCUUAAGUGUUGUUUUGGGGAAAUUGAAGCGCAAACUCCUGAAGCAGUACAGCAUCAGUUUUUGACUCGUUGGCUAAUUAUAAUCAUGAUGGUUAAAAACUGCAAAUCAAAAUAAUAUGCAAUCACAAGACAGAAAGGACAGUGCUCUAGUGUAGCCUAGUCUUAGAUAUUAGCAACAUUUAACACACAUAACAGCUUGAUUCUCUAAUACAUGAUUGUUAUUCAUUUAAAGGAAUGUUGUUUCCUGAUCUCAGCCAUAUGCAGCUUAAGGUUUCCUCCUUUUGACAUAGUUCUCUCUCUCUCUCACUCACACACACACACACACACACACAUCUAUGCUUAUCCCCACAGGAAAUUUGAUGAGCCGGUUUAUGUUCCUCAUGGUGGGCUUUAUGUUGUCUGACAUCGUUCUGACUCAUUUCUGUUCUUUAUAUCACACUCAGUCCCACAAAUCUCUCAGUGCAGUUCUGAAGCUACCAGCACCAUGUUAUUGAUUUGUGUGUAUUGAUUUUGUACCAGUCUUUAUGGGCAGAUUCUGACAUACCUCCGUUAAAUUGAUAAUUGGCAUGAAGCCCCCCUCGCCAGCAUUCAUUCCACGACUGAUCGGAUUUAACCCUUUGAAGAGUGAGUUGGUGUGAAUUUACAUUCAGUGUUUGUUUAAACCAAGUGAUGACAUAUUCACAAUCAGCCAAGUUUGCUUUCAUGUAACACAAUUUCAGCUAGACAGCUACCAGCUUAAAAGCUCUCUCUUGCAGUUCAAUGUGGUCCAAUAUGUACAAAAAUGAUCGUGACUGAUCUAGUUUACUGUUAUGAGGCAUGGAAAUGUGAUUAUAAUACCAUUGCUUCAGUAGGAAGACUUUCUCUUUAUUUCAGUGGUCAAUAAAUCUAUAUAAUUUUAGUCCAUCUAUUUCAGAUUUUUGCUUAGCAGACUUGAAGUUGGUACGACUGCAUAGGUGCGAAGUUUUUUUUUUUAUUAUUAUUUUGUAUUAUUUGUGUUUUACAUCACAGGUAUCCAACUGAUACAUUUCUAAUAUGGGCUACUGAUGGUCUUCCCCCCCCCCCCCAUCUAAGCACUUUAUUGCAAUUGUUUUCUCUCUUGGAUUGUCAUUGUUAUUUGUUUGCUGAUGGUUAAUCUUAUUAUCUGAAGUGUUUAAAUCACAAAAUGUGUUUAAACUUUGUGACAAAGUAUGAUUACCUACUGGGUAAUGCACUUGAAAGAAUCAAAUAAAUGGAUAUGGGCA